CGGGUCGCGUGCGCGGCAAGGACGAAGGAACGGGCCGAGCGCGGACCGGUCCCAAGAAGAAGAAAAAGGAAGAAGGAAUCGGCCAAGUGGGAGGCGGUUUCGUGGCCGUCGUGGCGCGGAGAAGGGAUAGAGGUCGAGGUAGUCGAGUGUCGGCGGCGGCGGCGGCGGCGGCGACGACCAGUGGCGAUCGACGGCGUGGCGAGUGGAGUCGCACGCGACUCCGACCGAGGGAAACCGCGCUGUCUUCCGGCUCUACCACUCGACCUUUGAUUCCGACACGACCAUGAGCGACUCGUGACGUUGGCGUCCCUCGAGCCGGAUCGGUGCUACCCCGUGGAAGCGCGCGGACGACCGUCGGUGACUCCGGCGGGAACGAGCGAGCGGCCGAGCGAGCGACUGGAAAGGAUCAAGACGACCGAGGCUCGGGCCAGGAGGAAAGCGAAAUCGUCGGUCGGGAGUCGGCGAGGAUGGUGUCGGACGCGGAGCACACCCUGGACGGGGGCAUCGUGCCGCCCAGCAGCGCGCUCGUGACCCCUGGGCUCAACAACCCGGCGUGGAACCGGCAGCAGGCCGUGAGCGUGAGGCACGCCUUCAAGACGUACGGCAGCAGCAAGAACCCCAACAACGUCAUUCAGAAUCUGAGCAUGACGGUGGCCAAGGGGUCCAUAUACGGCCUCCUGGGGGCCAGCGGCUGUGGCAAGACGACGCUCCUCUCGUGCAUCGUCGGCCGCAAGCGACUCAACUCGGGCGAGAUCUGGGUCCUGGGCGGCAAGCCCGGCACCAAGGGCUCCGGCGUGCCGGGCAAGCGCGUCGGCUACAUGCCCCAGGAGAUCGCCCUCUACGGGGAGUUCACCAUCCGGGAGACCAUGCUCUACUUUGGCUGGAUCUUCGGGAUGGACACUCCGGAGAUCGUCGAGAGGCUGCGGUUCCUGCUCCAGUUUCUGGACCUGCCGUCGCAGAACAGACAGGUGAAGAAUCUGAGCGGCGGCCAGCAGCGGCGCGUCUCCUUCGCCGUGGCUCUGAUGCACGACCCGGAGCUCCUGAUCCUCGACGAGCCCACCGUUGGCGUCGAUCCCCUGCUGAGGCAGAGCAUCUGGAACCACCUGGUUCAAAUUACCAAGGAUGGAAACAAGACGGUCAUCAUCACGACUCAUUACAUCGAGGAAGCCCGGCAAGCCCACACGAUCGGUUUGAUGAGGAGCGGAAGACUGCUAGCCGAGGAGUCGCCUCGAAUGCUUCUGACGAUGUACGGUUGUACAUCGCUCGAAGAAGUGUUCCUUAAAUUGUCUAGAAAGCAAGGCCAAUACGUCCAGCCCGCCACGGAACUGAACAUUUCGAAUAACAUUAAUCUGGCAUCGUUAAACUGGAACAAGAAGGGCGGUCCCGUGUACGUGACCGAGGAGUCCGGAGUCGUCGGUCUUAACUUUCAUCAGAGCAAGGAAGUCCUUAUCUACGAUACGACCAACGGAGUUGGCAGCCACUACGACUUGAACGGUAAGCCGCUUCCGGGCAUCAUGAAUGAUUCGUCCGUCGAGUGUGCGGAUUGCGGAGACUGUUCCGAUUGCUAUAAAAUUACAAGUUCGGGGAAGAUAAAGGCGCUCUUACAGAAGAACUUCCUUCGAAUGUGGAGAAACGUCGGGGUGAUGCUGUUUAUUUUCGCUUUGCCAGUGAUGCAAGUGAUUCUGUUCUGCUUGGCCAUCGGAAGGGAUCCUACUGGUUUGAAGUUGGCUAUAGUAAAUCACGAGAUGGUAUACGAAAACAUGUCCUGUCCAAUUGCGGAAGACUGCAGUUUUACCUACCUUAGCUGCCGCUAUCUAAAAUUUCUGGACAACGACACAAUGGACAAGGAAUACUACCCCGAUCCAGAAUCAGCCAAGGAAGCUGUCCGCAGGGGCAAGGCUUGGGGCACUUUGUACUUUACGGAAAAUUUUACCGACGCCUUGGUCGCGAGGAUGGUUUUAGGAAAAGAGGCUGACGAUGAAACACUGGAUCAGAGCGAGAUCAGGGUGUGGCUCGAUAUGUCCAAUCAACAAAUCGGCCUGAUGCUCGCUCGAAACCUGCAGUAUUCCUACAGAGACUUCGCAAAGGACUUGCUUUCAACGUGCGACCAGAACACGAAAUUGGCCGAUGUUCCGAUUCAAUUUAAGGACCCAAUUUAUGGAACGAACGACCCAAGCUUUACCGACUUUGUGGCUCCAGGAGUGAUAUUGACCAUCGUCUUCUUCCUGGCGGUGGCACUGACGUCGUCGGCCCUGAUAAUCGAGAGGAUGGAAGGUUUACUGGACAGAAGCUGGGUAGCCGGAGUUUCACCGGGCGAGAUCCUCUUCUCCCACGUGGUCACGCAGUUUGUCGUCAUGUGCGGUCAAACGGCACUCGUCCUCAUCUUCAUGAUUCUGGUCUUCGGCGUCGAGUGCAAGGGCGACAUCGGUUGGGUGAUACUGCUCACCAUUUUGCAGGGUCUUUGUGGCAUGUGUUUCGGUUUCGUCAUUUCGGCGAUUUGCGAACUCGAGAGAAACGCUAUACAAUUGGCACUCGGCAGCUUCUACCCGACCCUUCUACUUAGCGGUGUCAUUUGGCCGGUCGAAGGAAUGCCGACGAUUUUGCGGUACGUCUCGCAGGGAUUGCCCUUAACGAUGGCAACAACCUCUCUUCGUUCAAUGCUAACUCGAGGGUGGUCAAUCUACGAACCCGAUGUAUAUAACGGUUUCAUCUCCACUAUUCUCUGGAUUAUCGUGUUUUUAACGAUAAGUAUGGUGGUUCUUAAAUUUAAACGCGGUUAAGGAUGAGCUUCGGAUAUCGAUUGUUAUUUGUACAGUACCUUUCUAGAAUAUUUUAAUCCUCUUCACACCGUUGAAGAGAACUAACGGUAUUUCAGUGGUGCGAGUAUUGUAUCAUUAAUUACUGUUCCUUGCGAUGCGAUCCACGCCGACGUACUCCUUGCACUCGAUUUUUCGCAAAUGGUGAUCGAGCCGGGGUCGUUGCAACGUUGCUACACCGCACUGGUGAUUUAGCUACUUUCGUAACGUACCUCCUAAAGAGAGCGUCCGUUUCAAUUUCGAAAAACAACGAAACAAAGACAACGGCGACCGGAAAUGAUAAGGAGAGUGCAAUGAAAUCGUAGAAACGAGAGAGAAUCCAUCGAGAAAUAAAACCGUUGGUAACGGUGGAUGAAACGUUUAAUCGGAAGAUCGGUAAGAUGUCAAAUCCGUGAAGCGAGCGCGAGGUAACUUUGAAACUGUAGAAAUAAAAAGCAGAACUCGAUAGCCCUUUUCGCCACCAUUUUGACGCCACGUGCGUCGGUCUUUGUAACAUAGAAGCUUAUUGUACAUUUUAUAGGAAUACUUUACACAUUACAGAACCAAUAAAACUUACAGUCAGUCAAA